AUGGAAUCUAUUUCCACUCAAGUUUCUCGACCUCUUUUAAAUUCUAAAAAGUCUACUUCCUAUCAGAGCAUAGACAAUAAUGAAAUAAUAGACAAUAAUGAAAUACUUGAGGACGAAGCUUUGUCCCAAUGGGAAAUGAUUAAUGACAAAUGCACCUCUAGAAUAGGUCGCCGAAGACCAUUCAUUCUUAUUGGAGGGUUAUUGGUUUGUUUAUCCAUGGUCUCUAUCGCUUAUUCAAAGGAAUGGGCUUCGCGUUUUCUUGGCAAAAAAACAACAGUUAAAAACGUUGCGAUUAUUAUCGCAGUUGUUGGAUUUUAUGUUUUGGAUUUUUCUUUAAAUGCCGUUCAAGCUUCUAUACGUGCUUUAAUUCUUGACAUUCCUCCUGUUUAUCAGCAAGAAACUGGUAAUGCAUGGGCUGGUAGAAUGUUGCAUAUCGGAAAUAUUGCCGGAUAUUUCACCGGUUUUUUGAAUUUAUUAGCUUUGUUUCCGUUCUUAGGAGAUAGUCAACUCAAAAUUUUAUGUAUAGUAGCAUGUAUAGUGUUUACACUAUCAUUGCUUUACACAUGCUUAAAUGUCAAAGAAAAAGUAUAUGAACCUGUAGAUGAUGAUUCAAGAACCCAUUCGAUUGAUGAUCCUGAUUUCUUUGAAAAAUCAACUCGAUAUGGAUCAUUUGCGUUGUUAAUGUAUUCAUGGAUUUCUUUUUUGGCCGGUUCUAUUAUUCCACGCUUUACUCCAACCUCUCCUUCGAGCAAAAACCCUUUCACCGUUUACAACAUUUAUACAAUCUCUCACCUUUUAUUUGCUUUGAUAGCAUGGAGUACUUCCUUUGUAAAUAAUGUUGAACAAUCAAUCUUACUUAUUGGUAGUUUUGGUGUUCCAUGGGCAAUUUCAAUGUGGAUACCAUUUGCAUUGGUUGGUGAAUACGUAGGGCAAGAAGAUGACCGAGAAACACAAGAAAACACUGAUGUUAGACCAUUAACAAACAAUGAUGAAGAAGAAGCUAGUACGAGUUUAGAUCUCACUCCAACAUCAUCAUCUGCAGCUACUACUUUGCAUAGUGAAGAGGAAAAGUUUGCUGCAGGGAUGAUAUUGGGUGUACAUAAUUUAUAUAUUGUAUUACCUCAAUUAGUUGUAUCUUUAACCAGUUCUGUAAUUAUUAAGUUGGUAAAUGAUAUUUCUGGUGUAGAUAGUAAUGAUGCAUUUGGUUGGGUGUUUAGAUUUGGUGGUGCAAUGGCUAUAAUUGCUGCAAUAUUGUCGCGAUAUCUCGAUAAAUUACAUGUUUAUCGCAGAUAA